AUGUUAUCUUUUAUAACGACCCAUGUUGGGAAGGACGAUGGCAGUAAUACCCCCAUCGUGUCCAACCCAAAUGUCCCAAUCUAUGAAGACGACGAAAUGAGCGACAAUAGCGAAAUAGAGAAUGCGGCCGGUCAGCUCAAGGAGAUUCACGAGUUCAGACAGGGCCUGCAUCAGCGACACAUUCAGAUGAUUGCUCUCGCCGGUACGGUGGGGACGGGUAUUUUCCUCAGUUCGGGCCGUGCCAUUGUGGAAGCUGGACCAUUGGGUGCGUUCUUGGCAUAUACAAUCAUUGGUGCUACUGUUGCGAGUGUCGUGUACGGAGUUGGUGAGAUGGGAGCCCUGGUACCUCUCAAUGGUGGUGUUAUUCGAUACGCAGAGAUCUUCUGUGACCCCGCGCUAGCGUUCGCCAAUGGCUGGAACCAGAUAUACUCCUACUGUGUGUCGAUUCCGUCGGAAAUUGUCGCUGCGGCUGUUAUUAUUGAAUUCUGGAUCACGGUGAACAACGCAAUAUGGAUCACUGUGCUUGGUCUUCUUAUGCUUUCCACCGCGUUUGUCUUUGUUCGCGUGUAUGGGGAGCUCGAGUUCGGCUUUUCUAUCCUCAAAAUUAUGCUCAUUAUCGGCGUAAACCUGAUGGCUCUGGUAAUUACCUGCGGUGGAGCCCCGAAUAAGUCGUCAAUCGGAUUUGCUUACUGGAAAGCGCCUUACGGCCCCUUCGUUCAGUACUUGGGAGUGGGCGGUUCCCUUGGACGGUUUUUGGGAUUCUGGAAAACUUUCGACAACGCGCUCUUCGCUUACUCUGGUAUCGAAAACUUCACUCUCGCUGCAGCCGAGACUCGAAACCCUCGACACUCUAUCCCCAUGGCCGCCAGACGUAUCUUCAUCCGCAUCUUGCUCUUUUACGUGAUCACCAUCUUCAUGAUCGGUCUGAUUGUUUCGUCUGCCGAUAAAAAGCUUCUGGGCUCGUCGGGGACAGCCUCGCAGUCCCCUUUCGUUAUCGCAGCGCACCAUGCUGGCAUCAAGGUGGUUCCUUCGAUCAUCAACGCAGUUGUGCUCACAUCAGCAUGGUCCUCCGGGAACAGCAAUAUCUUGGGUGGCUCCAGAAUCCUAUACGGUAUGGCAACCCAGGGUCAUGCCCCUGCUGUCUUCACACGUAUCAACCGCUUCGGCAUCCCUUGGGUUGCUGUCGCGCUCUAUGGUGUCUUCAUGUCACUUGGAUACAUGAGUCUUUCCAGUUCGGCCAGCACGGUAUUCACAUGGCUACAGAACCUUGUCUCUAUAUCCACCCUAGUGAACUUGAUGUGCAUCUGCGUUGUCUAUCUUAGAUUCUACUACGGAUGCAAGAAGCAGGGAAUUGAUCGCUUCAAGGAGCUCCCGUGGGCAGCACCUUUCCAGCCAUACAUAACUUGGAUCUCAUUGUUCAUUUAUAUUGUCCUUUUCUUCACCGGAGGGUUUACGACAUUCAUGCGCGGCCAUUGGAGUACUGCGACCUUUGUUUCGACUUAUUUCAACCUGCCCUUCAUCGUGAUUGUGUAUUUUGCCUACAAGUUCUGGGCAAAAACGAAGAUCAUCCCGCUGGCGGAAAUUCCCAUUCGGCCUUUCAUCGAAAGCUGGCACAAAAAUCCCGAACCGGAGCCUAAGCCGAAGCGAGGCCUCAGGAAACUCAACAUUUUGUGGUCAUAA